AGCCUUGGGCUGGGAGAGGAGGACAUGACAGUGGUUGACGAGUUACACGAGAGAAAGGGUGGCACUGGCAGCCUCUGAUCAGGAUGACCGGGACACGCUUCGCGCUGAUUGACUUCCGAGCCUCCGUCCUCGAUCGCGUGCGUGACGUGACGAAACGCGUCAGAUACAGUCACACCGCGAACAUCACGCGUCGAGCUUUGCCCUAUUCCAGAGUUGCUCUUGUCCCGCGCGCACUAUCUCAUUCCCUUCUACUCCCAUCUACCAGCAUGAACAUCUUUAGAAGCCUAAUCGGAAGAGUCUGGCACGAUCCCAAUGCAGCUGAAGUUGUGAAGAUCUCUGAAGGGCAGCUAUAUCUGGUGCGGUCGGGCACCGUCCGUGGGGCCCGCGAAUGCAUAUACAAUGACGCCAUGGCUACCAUCCGGCGCGUUGCUUCAGUAGAGCACAAUUUCCAGCUUGUGGUCACUCGCGUGUACGAGGAGGGGGAUCAAGAGUUGUUGGAGGACGAGGAGGAAACCGAUGAGGAGCGGGUUUUCCUGAUCAGCGAGGAACUAGAGUUCAAAAGCACAAACAGCGAAGAACACCCGUGCUUCGUCUGGCGCGACCUGGACGGCGAUGUCGAUGAAUUCUAUGAAUUUGUGGCACCCGGCACCAAUGAGCCGACACGGGCCUUCUUCGAAACGUGCAUGUAUCGCGCGAUGUACGAGCGCAAGUACAGAAAGAGCGCCGAUGAUACCACAGACGCCGAACUCCAAGAAUUCAUCCGACAACCUCCGUCUGAGCAGGACAAGGGAAAGGCAAUCGAAUCCGAAGCCCCUCCAGAACCCAUACCUGCUGCAGCUUCUGCGAUGACAUCUCCCAAGACCUCGACAAUAACCGUGGAUCCCAAUGCGCAGAUUCUGCUCACUCACCCAGCGGAGCUCCAUCUAUGGGAUCUGGACAAAGGUUUCUUCGUCAAACAAGCUGAUGUUAGCGCCACAAUCGCGCAGCAUACAUCCGCUGGACCUUUCGACUACUGGCUGCUCGCGAGCACAGACGAAGGGCCGGCACUGGCUCACAAGAUCACGUCCGAUAUGAACCAGCGAUGGGCGGCCAAGAUGCUUGCUUUCACGUGGAAUAAUAUCAGUGAUACUGGAGCACAGAGCAGUUGGUGCCUCAAGUUCGAGACGCAGGAAGCAUACGAGCAGUUCCAGGCGCUGUUCAGUAGGGGUCUGUGGGAAUCUCUGAACAACUACUCGUGGGACAAGGCAAAGGUGGAGGAGCGGGCUUACGUGCUGAGCUCGCAAGUACAGGACGUAGAGAUGCAGGAUGUGGAGGAUGAAGAGGAUGAAGAAGAGGACGUUGCCAACGAACUUGACAAGAGUGACGAGGAGUCUGAGUCUGAGACUGAACCUGAACCUGAGCCAGAGGAAGACGGUCUGCCACCGCUUCGCAAGGGCGAGCGCAACUCCCAGUUGACAGUUGGUUACAAGGGCGAUAGGUCGUAUGUCGUCCGAGGCGGAAGCAUUGGGGUGUUCGCGCAUGCAGGCGAUAAUCAGGUCAGAUACCACGCGACUAUCGGCCACCUUGAGACCCCCAAGGGCAAGGAGUUCGCUCCUAAACAUGUGAUGUUGCACGAUCAAGACACGAAGAUGGUUAUGAUGAACCCCGGUGCACCAAACUCGCUAUUCAGCCUGGACAUCGAGCGCGGGAAGAUCGUCGAGGAGUGGAAAGUGCACGACGACAUCAACGUGAACCACGUCGCGCCCGACAGCAAGUUCGCGCAGAUGACGCCGCAGCAGACGAUCGUCGGCGCGUCGCACAACGCGCUCUUCCGCAUCGACCCGCGCAUGUCGGGAAAUAAGAUGGUCGACAGCCAGUACAAGCAGUAUGUCAGCCGGAACCAGUUCUCGGGCGUCGCCACGACCGAGUCCGGAAAGCUCGCCGUCGCGAGCGAGAAGGGCGACAUCAGGAUGUUCGACUCGAUUGGGAAGAACGCGAAGACAGCGCUGCCGCCCCUCGGAGACCCGAUCCUUGGUAUCGAUGUCACGGCGAAUGGCCGCUGGAUCGUGGCGACGACGAGGACGUACCUCUUGCUCAUCGACACGCUCAUCGGAGAAGGACGCUAUACUGGGCAAUUGGGCUUUGACAGGAGCUUCCCUGCGAAUGCGAAGCCGAUCCCUCGUCGGCUCCAGCUUCGUGCAGAGCAUGUUGCGUAUAUGGACCACAGCGUGUCCUUCAGUCCUGCGAGGUUCAACAUGGGCGAAGGGCAGGAAGAGAACGCGAUUGUCACGUCGACAGGCCAAUACGUUGUUGCCUGGGACUUCGCCAAGGUCAAGAAGGGUCAGCUCGACAAGUACGAGAUCAAGAAGUACGAAGACAUGGUUGUCCAGGAUAACUUCAAGUUCGGUGAUGAUAAGGAGAUUAUCGUCGCAUUGGAGAACAACGUCUUGGCAAUCAACAAGAAGAAUUUGAAGAGACCGACGAGGGCCUCCAUCGCGACACCACGGAAGAGCCUCGGUAGUCGGUCAAACAUCGUCAAUGCGCCCUACUGAGCAGAUUCGAUUUGGAAGUCAAAGUAACGUCUGAGGGUGAACCCAUGUAUCCAUAUGUUUUUGUUUAGCUUUAUGACCCUACCCCUUCUCUCGGUCUCGUUGUGUUUUGUCUAACGCGCAGUUGUAGCUUAGGGGUGAUACCAGUCUCGGUAAUGUAGAACACGAGAAGACAGCGCAUAUAUAU